AUGGCGUCCGAACCCGCAGACGAUGCCCCCAAAGACCCCCGCCGCAGGGCCCGGCAGAUUACUCCCGAGGAGAUGGCCGAGUUGGCCAGGAACUCGCGCCUAUCGACCCCCAGCUUCGUUCGAAUCCCCGCUGCCGCUCUCACCUCGUUCGGAGUAGGCAUGACCCUAGGUAUCAUGCACGGCAGCAAGAUGAGAGGCCUGCGCUUCCGCGCCGAGCACGCCCACAAGCUGCCCUCGUCCACAACAGGCUGGUACCUCUACCACCGCAGCAAGAACUACCACAUGGCCUUUGGCGGCAUCAAGGAAGGACUCAAGAUGGGCGGCCGUAUCUGCUUCUGGACCACAGCCAUGUUUGCCAUCGAGGAUAUGUUUGACAGCUACCGCAGGUCCAUGGACGGCAUCAACACCGUCAUGGCCUCUGUCGCCGUCGCCGGCGGCUUUAGUCUGUGGAACCGAUUCCCCCUGAUCAUGGCCGCGCGCACAACCAAGACGGCCCUGGUGGUGGGCCUGGUAUACGGAGGCCUGCAGGACUUGGUCAGUGCCGCCAGGGGCCGCCCGAUCGGCUACGUCGAGGCAAUGCGCCGCCGCAUGACCAAAGCCCAGGGCACUACACAUCUUGAGUGA